CUUCUGCACCUUCAGCCCACUUCCCCUUCCUGGGAGCGAAGGGAGCUCAGCACUUGCAGAUCAGGGCCUGUAAUCAGCUCCUGGACUCUGGACAGUCUGCACAGCCCUCAGUGCCGUAAAAGACAGGAAGCAGCAACUGCAGUCCACUGCAGAUCAGCCCCAGCCACCGGAGUUCUCUCUCUGUACUACUGCAGGGAAAACAGACAUGGCCUGGCUCCUCAUUGGCAUCAGCUUGGCUUUUCUUCUGCAAGUUGACAGCACAUCCCAGGUUCUGAAAGAAGGCAAAGAAAUGGAGGGUUCCUUGGAACAGGACAUUAAGAAGCAAAUUAUUCUGGGCAUAAAAGCUAUUGAACCACCCGAGAAUGAAGAACAAACGGCAGAUAUUGAUCCUGGAAUGAGGCUGUUGUCUAGUGACGCACAAGGCAGAAGAGCACCCAGGAGCGCUGGAGACCCGCCAGCCCUGCUGGGUGCCAAGUCUGCAGUGGUACCAGAGGAAGACCGAGACCACAUCUACCACCCGCCAGACGGUGCUCUAGAAGAGGAAGGCCCCAUGAAGAUAGUGACACUGUAUGCUGAAGCCAUCAAUGGCCCAGAAGAAGACAGAGACCAUCUCUACCAUGGCUAGGGGAGGAGAUUUGAUCCCGUCUACCCACCAGUAAUAAAGGAAGAGGGGAUUGUGCUGAGCGUCCCCUCUACCUCCUCUCCUUGG